AUGGAUAUUUCUUCAGACUCAGACACCGACUUAGAUGUUCACUCUGGUGCAUCUGUUACUUCAUCUGCACUUCAGGCCAUUGGCGUAGAGAGAUACCCAGACUUUGGGGAUGAUGUUCUCUCAGCUGAGCCAGUUAUCCCUGCAUCUGUUCAGAGUCCUACUCCCCCACAUACCCCAGUCCACACACCUACUUAUGAGCCUACACAGGCCCCUGUUCCAGAUGGAUCUACAGGCCAUAUACAACUCAUGCAUUUUGUUCCUACCAGGUUACCCACUCGUCACACAGGCGAGGCAGGACCUUCAGGACACGCACAUAUCCCACCUGGAGAGACUGACCCAUACUAUAUACCGCAUGUUCCAGUCGAGCACCUUGCGACACAAUACUCACCACCGCAUGUUAUGCCUACUGCAGACCCGAGACUCCAUGAGUUGCAGCAGCUUACUGACGCCAGACCUCCACCUCCACCAGUUCAUUCACCACCUCAUGCUACACCAUUUUUAGUGGACACUUAUAGUUAUUACGUGUUUGGAAUGUUAUAG